AUGGCUAAGCUAAAGGUGAUUAGCUCCCGUCUCCUUGAGCUUAGUGCUGACAUAAACAUUUUGAUUGAAACUAGAGUUAAAGCCAGUCAAGCAGCUUCUGUUAGGAAUAAGCUUAACCUAGGAGGAAAGUAUGUAGAUAAUUACAGGUUUCAUAAUAAUGGUAGGAUAUGGUUGCAGUGGAAUCCUUACAAUGUUGAUAUUAAAGUCAUCACUGGUUCCAGCCAAAUGUUGCAUUGUGAAGUUUAUGAUGCACAGGGUAUUUUCAAAUUCUUCAUCACUGCCAUUUAUGCCUUGAACAAGCUGGAUCAAAGGAGGAAAUUAUGGAAAGAUUUAAACAAUCUGAAUCAACAAGGACCUUGGUGCCUCAUAGGUGACUUUAAUAAUGUCCUCAAAUCCCAAGAUAGGAUUGGGGGGAACAUUGUCACUGAAGCUGAAUACUCUGAUCUGCAGGCCUUCAUGGACAACAACCAACUUGCUGAGAUGGAAAGUAAUGGUGAUUAUUUUACAUGGUCGAAUAAGCAUUUGGUUAAUACUAUCUACUCAAGAAUAGAUAGGCUUAUAUCAAAUCCUGACUGGUUCCACAUUUGGAAUGCUCCUACCAGUGGCAGGCCCAUGUUUAUUCUCUGGACUAAGUUGAAAAGGCUACAGGAAAUCUUGUAUAAGUUGCACAGACCCCUCACUCUUGCCAAGCAGAAUCAUCUUCAGGCUAGAAAUCAGCUUAUUCAAGCUCAAAAUAAUCUGGCUAGAGAUAGGAUGAACAGGGAUAUGAUUAAUGAAGUGAAGAAAUGUACUGAAAACCUUAUAAAUUGGAGCAACAUUGAAUUAGACAUCCUGAAGCAAAGAUCUAAAAUCUGUUGGCUUAAGAGUGGUGAUGAAAACUCCUCCUUUUUUCAUGCUUCUGUUAAGGCAAAACAGGAUCAACGGGCAAUGAACAGACUUGAAAAGGAUGACGGAUCUGUUAUUACCAGUCAGGUUGAGAUUGAGAAGGAGGUAUUGGAUUUCUAUAGCCAGCUUAUGGGAAAUAACGAUGAUGAUCUUUACUGCAUUGAUCUUGAAGCAAUGCGACAGAGGCCUCAGCUUACUAAUACUCAGAGGGAGAUCCUUGUGAAACCUAUUAGUGAUGAAGAGAUAUUCUCUAGUCUCCAAGGCAUUGAUACUUCUUCAGCACCAGGUGUGGAUGGAUUCAACUCUAAGUUCUUUAAGCAUAGUUGGGACAUUGUAAAAUCUGAUGUAAUAGCUGCUAUUCAUGAGUUCUUCGAGAAAGGGAAGUUGCUUAAAGCUUUCAACUGCACGUGUCGCUUAUUCCUAAAAGCAAUUCUGCCAAGAGUGUGA